UCUAACCUUAAAACCUCUCUAAAACCCCCUGAAAAUGGACUCUUCUACAUACAAUAAAAAAAAAUGUGGUUUUCAACCAAAACUAUGCCUUCCUACGAAGCAAUUCUGUCAGCAACCGCCUCUCUCACCGCUUCCGUCAUUCUUUUACGAACCAUCGCCAAUGAUUUCAUCCCCGAAUCCAUCAAAGAUCGUCUAUUUUUACACCUUCACAAGAUUUCGUCCUCUUUAUCUUCUCAGCUCACGGUCGUCAUCGAAGAAUCCGACGGUCUCACGGUCAAUCAAGUCUUCCACGCCGCAAAUGUUUACUUGGGCGAAAAGCUGUCGUCGUCCACGCCGAGGAUCAAAGUUAAAAAGCCCGAAAAAGAGAAGGGUUUGCAAGUGACUACCGACAAGAAUCAAGAAAUGGUGGAUGUAUUCAAAGGUAUGAAGUUGAAGUGGGUGUUGCUGUCUACUUCGAGGAACCAUGUGUUAAAGAAAAACAACAAAAAUGGGGUUUUAAAGGAGGAAAUACGGUACUUCGAGCUUAGUUUUCAUAAGAAGAACAGGGAGAUGGUGUUGGGUUCUUACUUGCCUUACCUUCUUCAAAAAGCAAAAGAGAUUAAAGAAAAGAACAAGACAUUGAAGCUUCACACGGUUGAUUACAAUGGCACUGAUUAUUGGGGUUCCAUCAAUCUUGAUCAUCCAGCAAGUUUUGAUACAAUGGCAAUGGAUCCAGCAGUGAAGACUGCACUGAUUGAAGAUCUUGAUAGGUUUUCAAGGAGAAGAGAGUUUUACAGGAGAGUAGGGAAGGCUUGGAAACGUGGGUAUUUGUUAUAUGGACAACCUGGUACAGGGAAGUCAAGUUUGGUUGCUGCCAUGGCUAAUUAUCUUAAGUUUGAUGUUUACGAUUUGGAUUUGAAAGAAAUUCAAUGCAAUUCGGAUUUGAGGAGGUUAUUAAUUGGUACUGGUAAUGGAUCUAUAAUUGUCAUUGAAGACAUUGAUACUUCACUAGAUUCUGCUGAAGAUGACAAGGUUACAUUAUCUGGUCUACUGAACUUCAUUGAUGGACUGUGGUCAAGUUGUGGGGAUGAAAGGAUAAUAGUGUUUACAACCAAUCACAAGGACCGUCUUGAUCCAGUGCUGCUAAGACCAGGACGCAUGGAUAUGCACCUCCAUAUGUCUUACUGCACAUUUAGUGGUUUCAAAACCCUGGCUUCUAAUUACCUGCGAAUUCAAGAUCAUCAACUUUUUGAUGAAAUCAAAGGGUGGUUAGAUAAGGUUCAGGCAACACCAGCUGCGGUUGCAGGAGAGUUGAUGAAAUGUGAAGAUCCUGAUGUUGCUCUUCGAGGACUUAUCAAAUGGUUUCAUAACAGGGCUAACACUGAGAUGCAGGAUCGUAGUUUGAAUAUUAAAUAGUGUUUAGGACCUGAUUUUGUAAUAGCUGUUACUGCCAUUCUUUUUGCUGCAGAUAGAAAAAAAACAAAUAACCUGUUCAAGCUGAAUAUCAAUAAUAAUAAAAACAUCACGAUUAUGUUAUGUGCAAA